AUAGUCUUUAAAAUUACAUUAAGCCAGUGUUACCUUAAGUCGCUUCUAAGGUGGUAAACGAUCGGGAUUUCAGUUUGUUAUUAUUUUCAAUAUAAAAAAAUUAAAGGAUAUUUAAUGUUUAUAAUGAACAAUUUUUUUUACUUAACAAUUGCUAUAAUAUUGGGCUUUGCUUCCGCUCGUCCACAAGGUGAUCCUAUACCUAUUCUAAGGCAAGAACAAGAAGUCAAUUUUGAUGGAUCGUAUAAAUAUUCGUAUGAAACUGGUAAUGGUAUAACGGCUGAAGAAGAAGGCUACCUUAAAAAUCCCGGAAGCGAUGCAGAAGCUCAGUUUGCUGGAGGCUUUUUCUCCUAUACAUCACCUGAAGGUAUACCCAUACGAAUCACUUAUGCUGCCGAUGAAAAUGGUUUUGUUCCACAGGGUGAUCAUUUACCCACACCACCUCCAAUUCCACCAGCAAUUCAAAAGGCUUUAGAUUAUUUGGCAACAGCACCACCUCCAAGAGAUCAACCCUCAUCGCCCAACAACAACUUUAGAAGAGGUUAAAUGUUUGUGAUUGGAUGUUUCUAUGUUUUUACUGUCAUGUGUUUCCAAUAUUUUUUGUGUUCUAUUUUGUAAAUACGACUAGUUUGAAAAUGUUGGACUUUUAAUGUCUAAAAUGUCGUACGUAUGCUGUCUCAUAAUGUCUCUGUCAAUUUAAUUGUUUAUUUUAUGUAGAUAUAAGCUUUUCUUUGUUAAAAAAUGUAUCUUAUAUACUUAGUCUAAUGUAUGUUAGUAACUUACAUACAUAUACAUACACACUUUUUGUAUAUAUUUAUGAAUAAAGUUUACAUAACUUUAAAAAAAAA